GCGCGGACUCUGCAGACUGUUAGGUGACGCUGUAUCGUGUUAGUAAGAAGUGUGAUCCUCCGCGGUCUCGUUGAAUUUUAUACCGAGUAUUGUUCGCCAAUCUUCUGGAAAUGGAUCCAGUGAAAAUGGCUAUGCAGCCGCAUAGCAGAAAGCGCGUUUGCUACUAUUAUGACAGUGACAUUGGUAAUUAUUAUUAUGGACAAGGACAUCCUAUGAAGCCUCAUCGUAUAAGAAUGACACACAAUCUUCUUCUGAACUAUGGUCUCUAUAGAAAAAUGGAAAUAUACCGACCUCACAAAGCCACGGCUGAUGAAAUGACAAAAUUUCAUAGCGAUGAAUAUAUCAGAUUUCUGAGAUCCAUAAGACCCGAUAAUAUGUCGGAGUACAAUAAACAAAUGCAACGAUUUAAUGUAGGUGAAGAUUGUCCUGUCUUUGAUGGUUUGUAUGAAUUUUGUCAAUUAUCGGCCGGUGGGUCUGUUGCCGCAGCUGUAAAGCUCAACAAGCAAGCGUCUGAGAUUUGCAUCAAUUGGGGUGGCGGUUUGCAUCAUGCAAAGAAGAGCGAAGCAUCAGGGUUUUGCUAUGUAAAUGACAUCGUACUUGGAAUUUUGGAACUGCUAAAAUAUCAUCAAAGAGUUUUGUACAUUGAUAUCGAUGUUCACCAUGGUGACGGUGUAGAAGAAGCGUUUUACACAACAGAUAGAGUCAUGACGGUUUCGUUUCAUAAGUAUGGAGAAUACUUUCCUGGAACUGGAGAUCUCCGAGAUAUUGGUGCAGGAAAGGGAAAGUAUUACGCUGUUAAUAUACCUCUACGAGAUGGAAUGGACGAUGAAAGCUACGAAUCCAUAUUUGUCCCUAUUAUUUCAAAAGUUAUGGAAACUUUUCAACCUUCUGCUGUCGUUUUGCAAUGUGGUGCUGAUUCGUUGACAGGUGAUCGAUUGGGAUGUUUUAAUCUGACUGUGCGAGGUCACGGAAAAUGUGUAGAAUUUGUGAAGAAGUACAAUUUACCCUUCUUAAUGGUGGGAGGUGGCGGUUACACAAUCAGAAAUGUAUCCAGAUGCUGGACUUACGAAACAUCAGUAGCUCUGGGAUGCGAAAUUGCGAAUGAACUUCCAUAUAACGAUUACUUCGAGUAUUUCGGACCCGAUUUCAAGCUGCACAUUAGUCCUUCAAAUAUGGCUAAUCAAAAUACACCUGAAUAUCUCGAGAAAAUAAAAACGAGACUAUUCGAAAAUCUGAGAAUGUUACCUCACGCGCCCGGUGUACAAGUUCAGGCAAUUCCAGAAGACGGUGCUGUGAUUGAAGAUUCGGAAGCUGAGGAAAAGGCAAAUCCAGAUGAGAGACUGUCUCAGCGUGAUUUGGAUAAGAGAAUACAGCAUGAAAACGAAUACAGUGAUAGUGAAGAUGAAGGAGAAGGUGGACGAAGAGACAAUAGGUCGUAUAAGGGAUCUAGAAAACGACCGCGUCUAGAAAAAGGUCAGGAAGUUAUGGAUACCGAUGUAAAGAAAGAAGACGAAAUAAAGUCUGAUCCUAAAGAUAACGAGAAGGACGAGAAAGCAAAUCCCACAAAUGAAGAGACGAAGAAAGAUGGCGCGGCGAAUCCCUGAUAGACGGUUGCUUCGUACCUCGUGAAAAAAUGGAGAAAAAAAACUUAUGUAUAAAUUAAGUCCUAGAUAAGCUUAAGUAAAAUUUAAAUUGUAGCAACAACUGACGCAGCAAAUUACCUGCUGCUUCUACCUCGCUGUUUGAUUCGAAAAUAAUUUAAAAUUACGUUUUUAUCAUUGAAAAAUUGGAAGUAUCUUUAAACGUUAAAAAAUACCGAAAUUAUUUACGACAGCGCUAUUUACACGUCGAAAUUUACACGUAUGAGCGUGUAUAUAAUUUAUAAUGUCCUGCAAUUUUUUUAUGGUAAAAUAUAAGAAAUAAUUAUAUCUGAAUUUUCUCAAUAUUAUUUUUUUUAAAGAUAUUAAAUGACAGCACCGAGUUGUGUAAAAAAAUUCUUUUAUAAAACGGGUCAUUAUCAUCGCAUUACAAGAUUGUGAUCUGAUUGCUAUAUAUUCUCUUCAUAUAUUCACAUAUUCGUUCACAACAUGCCACCGUAAUUAGUUAGACAAUUUUAGUACAGAAUCUGCACACAAAAAUCAUGCAGAAAAUUUUAAAAUGUAUAAACAAUGACAUCGAUCUCAUAGAUUUGAAGAUUGAGUCUUAAGAUAAUUGAUAACCGAUUCAGGACACUGAUAAAAGUUUUGUUCCAAUGUAUGUCGUUGUGUACAAUUUUGCUCGCGCGGUCAACGUGAUUUCUUACGUCUUCUUACUUAUCGCUCGUAAUUAAUUGAGCCGCUCAAUAGGGAAGCCAACACAUACAGUUUUACACUAUAACAAAAAAGUAGUUAAUUACGAGAUGGAUUAUAUAUAUAUAUGGAUUAUAUAUAUAUAUAUAUAUAUCUCAUGAGUCGAUAAAUUCGUUCACUUCCUAUUCUUGUACAUAACACUUAGAAAAUAAUCUCAAGAGACUUGACACAAUAAUGAUGUAAUACUAAAAUAUUUUGUUUGUGAAUUGUAAAGCAUUGUAUCUGACUUUUCUAUAUAUUUCAUCUAUUAUUUCUCAAAAUCUUCUCUAGUUUAUGUGGUGAAGCGCAAUGAAUAUAUACUUAGCUCGUAAUAUAUAUUUCAGAAAAUAAAAAAAAUAAAAAGAGCAACUACAAAGUAUACAUUUGACGAUUUAAAGAUUUACAUCUGUGACUUGUGUAUUAUAAAUACGUAUACCGAAUAAACUAGAGAGAUAUUUAUAAGAGAGAGAAAAAAUGUAAUAUUUUAAAGAAGUGAUCUUAAAAGACCUAUAUAUAUGUGCGUGUGUGUGUGUGUAAAUAAUAUACAUAUAUAUAUAUAUAUAUGUAGAAAUGUGUAUAUGUAGAGUAUCUCUAAAUUAUUGAAAACAAAUUCGUUAGCAUAUUCUGAGACGAAAAUUCUAAUGCGAAACUAACAAAGCUAUUGUGUGGCGAGUCUUAUCAUUUUUUUUUGUGUGUGUCAGAAUGUUUAAAAGAAUCUGCCUUUAUAAAGUCUGUUUUUGAUAUAGUUUUGUGACAUCCUUUGUAUAUACAUAUCUAUGUAUACAGGAUGCGGUAGGAAUGAUAGUACCAAUCGGAAAAGAAAUAAUUCUUUGUGCAAAUUUAAAUCAAAAAUGUAGAAUAAAAUUUUGUUUUUAGAAUAACGUAAGACUUUGUUUUUGAGGAAAUUGAGUUGUGUAACAAUUGAGAAAGUACAUUUAACUCUCUAAUAAUCUUAUGUCUAUCAUGAAAUGGUAUCUCGAUAGAGCAGUUAUUACUAAAUUUAAAAAAGUAACAUUAUGUAUAUACAAUAUAAAAGUUUUUAAAACUUUAGUAAAUAGAGUUCUACUUUUUCUAAAUCAAUAUAAUAGUAAUUGUUACCGAAAUACAUACUAUUGUAUGACACAAGAUUAUUAGAGCAAUUAAGUGUAAAAACUUAUAGCUCAGAACACUUCAUGAAUGGUUUUUUAGAUAUUACAAUAUCAGAGAAUAUUCAGUGACUGUUCUUUGAACAUCUAUUCUGUUGGAGAAAACUAAAUAUAAUAUUAAGUUUUUAACUUUCAAAAUCUAUUUUCUGAAAAAUAGAUUUUGAAUCUUUGCACGAAAAGAAAAAAUUUUUCGAAUUUUAUACAUCUUUAACUUAAUACAAAGAAUCAUCUCUUUUUUGGUGUACUUCAUUCCUAUAAGACUCUAUAAAUGUAUGUAUACAUAUACAUAUACAUACAUACACACACACACAUAUUUAUAUUAUAUAUAUAUAUAUUAUAUACAUAUAUCUCAAAAAUAUAAUUCUUGUCUAAUUACUUUUUUAGCAGUCUAGCGAAAGAGAAACGAAACAGAUUAAGGAACAGCUACAGUAAAACCGAAAAAUAGUUGAAGAAUUAUGUAUAUCGAGUCUCAAUGUAGUUAGAAUGCUGUAGAAUGUGAAAAAGAAGCAUAUAAUAUAUUAAGUGACUAAUUUAAAAAAUUGUAACAAUCGUAUAAAACGUGGCAUUUGGAUCGAUCGUAAUAACAAAACCUUAAGAUCGUGCUUCUUUUUCAAGUAAUGAUGCGUACAUGCGAACUUGCAAGUUCGCGCAACAAUAUUUUGUUGUGUGCUGACUGUUCGCAAGAUGCAUUCUUACGUUCAAAUAAAUUUGUCGUGCAAUAUGUAAUUGCGCAAUAAUUCCGCAUUGACAAUUGUGUAUGUGUAUAAUUUGUUUCCUCUUUCGCAAUGUCAGUGUACUCGAUCGGACCAGCAAUGAUGAGUGUCAAUUUUGAGUGUAACAAUAUAUAUGUAGUGAUUUAUAAUUAAUACAUACAUACUUAUUAUCACAAGAAAAUUAAGUUCAAAAUUAAUAUAUCAAUUUGAUUGAUUAUUAUAUAUGUGCAUAUUUCGUGUAAGUUGAAUUAAGUAUUAUAUA